AUGGGUCGCUUUCAGGUGUCCUAUAUGGAGGCCGACAACCAGUCGUCCGAUGUGGGCGAUAGCCAGGACCGAGACUCCCCGAUGCACCGUCAAUUCUCAGAGCCGUUUCGACCGCAGUCAACUUCAACUCAAAUAUCUCAAUCUCCAGAACCCUUGCCCCGUCGCAUCAAGUGUGACUAUUGCAGCAAGCUGGUUGAGAUCCCUAAGCACAGCAGCGUUACCGAGAAGGAUCUUUUGCAUGCUCAUGCUACCUCAGAUCAUCCUGAGUCUCUAACUACCGAACAAUGGCAACAUUCACCCCAUUGGAACGGAUAUGAUGGUGUCAACGACGAUGAUGUUGAUAUAGAGGAAUCUGAUAUAGAGGAAUCUGAUAUGGAAGACUCUCAGAUGAAGGACGCCCAAUCACAUCAUUGGGGUGGCUUUGACAGCCCUAACGACACCGAACCCAUUGAACAAACGCAUGAAGAGCAGGACGAGAAUGACGAGGUCGGAGAGCAUGAUCAGCAAGACGAGCAGGACGAACCCGAAGAGCAGAUCGAAACCGAAAAUCGUGCAGAGCAGGAACAACCCGAGGAUAGACCCUCUAAGACUCGCAAAAACGGCAUAGGUUAUGGUCAUCAAUACCGCCGGACCACCCCUGAAGAGCAUGAAGCACAAUUCGACAAAGGAGAUUGGCUUGGCAAUCCAAAGUCUGGUCGUCCAGACGAGUACCGCAAACGUGUGGAAAAGUGGCAAGGCCCAGAGAUGGAGACGCGUCUUCCUGCCAUUUGGAAUGUUCACGACAUGGAUAAGUUCAGUCCUUCGUAUGAACAACUUCGAGCCGCUGCCGAUACCACCUGGCAGCACGCUUUUGCAAGCACUGAGGCAAGACCUAAUGGGCCGAAAGUUAUAGAACGCCCUGACCCUUACCUCGCGACCACUGUGGAAAAAUGCAAUUUUCUGCCUAUCAAUCGACUGGAAGACCUGUUGGAGAUGCUUAAAAAGCCAGAACUUCUCACACAGCAGGAACUUUAUGCUGCCACCGAGAAUGUUUAUUUCGCUAUGCAGACAUGGCAAGACGAGUAUAUGGCUCUGGAUGAGCUUUACUUGAAGGCCCAUCGACACGUGCGAGCCCCAGUGACACGCGAGGAAAAGCGCUUGAAAGAGAACGUGCCGGCCAAGGGAAAGAAAAAACACACUGGGCACCCGCUUGCACGCGUUCCGGAGGAUCAGCGAGAUUUCGAAGACAAAAAAGAGUCUCUUCUUUAUGGAUAUAAGCACAAAUACUACCCUACCAAGGAUGUGGAAGCCUUGAACUGGCACCAGCAAGACCCCUUUGAGCAGGGAGGGUUUGUCCCAACCCCAGCGCAGGGAAGAAAGAUGUUGGCCAAGGACGCAAUCGGAGACCGAAAUCCCGAUGGUUGGAAACCGGUUGUGCGGAGAGGGGAGGCCGCGGUUCCAAAACUCUUCGUGGAGCGAGAGGAGCCUCUUGAGAAGAAGAUUACCCGCAAACGUAAAGCCGGGUCGAUGAAUUUGACUGCGACCGCCAAAGUCAUGACCCGGUCUUCGAACCCCCCCAAGGCCGAUGUUGAAAUGGUCGACUCCGGCCAAGAGGACGAGAACGCGGAGGAAAAGACCGAGGCGGAAGAGGAGGAAACUGCACCCCCUCCCAAGCGCCGUCGUGGUCGCGGUGGCAGGAAGGCGCCAGAAGUCCACCAGCCCGCCGAAGUGCCUGCAAUUGCAACCGCAAUUCGUGGCCGUCGGGGCCGGGGUCGGGGCAGCCGUGGUGGGCGAGGCUCACGAGGUGCUCGGGGAGCUGCUUCUUCCCGUGGUGGAGCUCAUGGCUCAAUCGAGCCUCAAACCACCACCAGCAAUUUCCGCGGCCGCGGUCGACGUGGCGGUGCAAUCGCUCAUGUUGUCGAUGAAGCUCGCACCGAUUCGCGAGCUUCAUCGGCAGGAACCACUGUGUCCGUGCCUGAGCAAACUCCUGUUCCCUCGGUGGAGACCCAGACCAAGCAGGUGGUCAAGAAGGAGUUGAGCGAGGAGGCAAAGGAGGAGGCCAAGCAGGAGGCGGAUCGAUUGAAGAUUCUCAAAUCCAAGAACCCGAAACGGACAAAGGCCAUGCUGGACCAUUGGGCCCGCUUCCGUUCCGACAAACGGACGCGGAAUCCCAAAAGGUCCAAGGCACAGAUUGAGAGCGAUCGUCAGAUGGAUGGGGCCGGCGAUGACAUGCCCAUUUCUGGGCACGGUCAGCGUCCAUCAUCGCUCUUGAUGCCUACCGGGGGAAACUUGGCGCCAAAGGCACCAAUGAUGCCUCUCCCCGGUGCAGGGCCUUUGUCCAUGGGGCAUCACCAGUACCCGCCCAUGAUGAUGGGCGGGUACCACCCUCAGUCGAUCCCCUACGUUCCUCCUCCCCACCAUCAGGUUGCUCAACUCGGGCAACCCAUGCCCCCUCAAUAUGCCCCAUUCCCAUACGUGCCCUAUCAUAUUCCUCCCCCCAUGAACGGGGGAGCCGCCUCACACGAGCAGAACCCGCUGCACCAACAACAAGGUAACCCUCCGCCCCAGAACCGCUAUCGGUUCGGGGCGGAGCGGGGAGGCGGAUGA